GCUGUCAUCGACUGAAUGGGGCUGAAACCUUUACUAGUAUUUUUCUAUCAAUUUUCAAUCUGCAUAGGUGAAUUUUCCCAUAUUUAGUCGUAGAUGGCGUUUCUGAGAAAAAAAAAGAAGAUCGCCAAGCAACAAGACGCGAUGGAAAAUCGAGAUUUAACUCAAAAUCCACAAGAAAAUGAUAAUAAACCUAAUCAUUUGGCAGAUUUUGUAGCACGGAAUUACGAAGAACAAAAGGAAGCAAGACGAAGAGUUGGCGAUGCUGAUGAGGAUCAGCGGGUUGAUGCAUUUCUCCAAAGAGCCUUGAGUGAGAGUAACAGAAUGAAUGCAGAAGUAGCCAGGGCAGAGCGUAGACAGAAUGAGCUUUACAGAGAGCUUGGACAAGACAAGAUGCAUUCCUGGAUAAUGGAACAUGCUUCAGAAGUCACUGUGACACUAACCUCAGAUGUAGGAAUGGCAAUAGAGACCGAGGAUGUUAGCAACCCAAAUGAAAAAGCAGAAGCCAUUAGGUGAACAGGAACGAUAACAAUAAAAUGCUGUAUAUAUAGAAAUAAAUAAAGCUGUACAUUUUGUAAAAACAAA